CCACAGACGUUUACUAGCAUGAUGGCCGCCGCCUUGAGGAGUAGCGUUUUAUCAUUGGCCAAGGGCCUGACCGGUGCUGGGUUAAAGCCCCUAUGUGUACGCUCCUUGAGCCUCUCGGUCAAUCAGAAUGCUUCUGAGACUCCACCAGCAAGGGCUGACAGCACCUUCAAGGUCACAAUGGUGCCGGGAGACGGAGUCGGCCCUGAGCUCAUGACGGCAGUCAAAGAGGUGUUUAAGGCGGGUGAUGUACCUGUAGAGUUUGAGGAGUUCCACCUGAGUGAGGUGCAGAAUAUGGCAAGUGAGGAAAAGCUGGACCAGGUGCUUAGCUCCAUGAAAAACAACAAGGUGGCCAUCAAAGGAAAGAUCCACACCCCAAUGGAGUACAAGGGGGAGCUGGCUUCGUAUGAGAUGAGGCUAAGGAGGAAGCUGGACUUGUUUGCUAAUGUGGUGCACGUGAACAGCCUGCCGGGUUACAGCACACGCCACAACAACCUGGACCUGGUGAUCAUCCGUGAACAGACCGAGGGCGAAUACAGCUCACUGGAACACGAGAGCGUGGCUGGAGUGGUCGAGUGCCUGAAGAUCAUCACGAGGGAGAAGUCACGACGCAUUGCCAAGUUUGCCUUCGACUAUGCCACCAAAAAGGGCCGCAGCAAAGUCACAGCCGUGCACAAGGCCAACAUCAUGAAAUUAGGAGAUGGGCUCUUCCUGCAGAGCUGUGCCGAGGUCGCAGAGCUUUAUCCCAAGAUCAAAUACGAGACCAUCAUCAUUGAUAACUGCUGCAUGCAGCUGGUUCAGAACCCCUAUCAGUUUGAUGUCCUGGUAAUGCCCAACCUCUAUGGUAACAUCAUCGACAACCUGGCUGCGGGUUUAGUUGGUGGAGCCGGUGUGGUGCCAGGAGAGAGCUACAGCGCAGAAUAUGCCGUCUUCGAAACGGGGGCCCGGCACCCAUUUGCUCAGGCGGUUGGCAGGAACAUUGCUAAUCCUACCGCUAUGCUUCUCAGUGCUGCUAACAUGCUCAGACAUCUCAAUCUGGAGUAUCAUUCUAACAUGGUGUCUGAAGCUGUCAAAAAGGUCAUAAAACAGGGCAAGGUCCGCACCGGAGAUCUGGGAGGUUACGCCUCAAGUGCUGAGUUCACGCAAGCGGUCAUUUCCAACCUGGCUGCCUGAGAGUCUUACAGCGAGAAUAGCAGUGAUGUCUCAUCGUGUCAGCAGACACAAUAAUGCUUAUUUAUUUCAAAAUUUAAAUGUAACUUCAUCUUUCUGGGUGGUGUAAAUAGGUUGAAGUUAGGGUUGGUUGAAUAAUCAAAUAUAUAUAUAUAAAAAAAAAACACAAUUUCUGAAAUUAAAUCAACACGUUGGUACCACAAUAUUUAACGUGCCAACCAUCUGGUCUAAAUUUGCUAAGGGGUGUGGUAUUGCCGGUGAUCAGGAAAUAUGAUAAAAGACCAUUAAAAAGUAAUGUUUCAGCUUUAAUAUGGCCUCUAUGUUGAAAAUCCACUACCAGCACUGGUUUAUAUUAUACACAUAUAUUAUACAUGAAUUGCUUUUUUAUUACCCACAAAAUAAGCUACUAAUUUGAGUAAAAGACCUAUAAAUCACAGUAGCAAACUUUGAUGAGGAGGAACAACAUACUUUGCCCCAUGGAUUUGGCCACAGACUACACAUCUGUAUAGCACCUAGUAGUUGUCUUAUGCCUAGUUCACACUACACGACUUUUGCCCUGAUUUUCGCUCUCCUGUUGGUCGGCGCUAGAUUUGCCGGCUCGGGAGCAACUCGGCGUUCGCUCGGGGAUCGAAACUCGGCUUUCAGUCGCUAUGUGUGAACUACUCGAUCCGAGUGGCUCGAUUGAAGUUAUAUCUAGCAUGUCAAAUAUCUGGAUAUGAGUCGGCCGACUGGUAAUGAGUGCUAUGUCAAACAGCCAAUGAGAACAGAGUUGUAAAAAGGUGGGACAAGGGCCUAAUAUAGUUUAUAUCAGAAUACAUCAGCACACACACAAGUUUUACAGUAUUUCUGACCUGAUCGUUCUCUACAAAACAUAACACCAACGUUGCAAUGCUCGCUACUUGUUGACGUGCAUUUUUGGACGUGGUAUCGUUAAACCCCUCGUCACUUCUCACGUUUGUUUUCGUGACAAAACGUAGUUUGGGAGACCAGAGAAGCUCGCCUGCGAUUCCAGUCGGUGAUGGAUCGUGUAGUGUGAAACCCCCUAUCGCCGAUCAGUCGUGUAGUGUGAAAGCCACACAGACUUGAAAGACUCCCGAUUACAAGAGAUCCAGUCGUGUAGUGUGAACUGUACAGCGAACUGACGACUUGGAAAGUCGUGUAGUGUGAACGUGGCAUUAACAAACUGGAUGUUGAAAUGUAAUUCAGAAACUCUGUUCUUUAGUUACUUAAAUAUUACACAAAUCUCCAUGUAGCACCACUUUAGUGGAUGUACCUGACUAGCCCUAGCAGUCAAAGAGUACUAAAAUCAUUAUGUUGUUAUGGGAUCUCGAAUACAUCGUACGGUUGUCCUGUUGUUCAGACAGGAGUGGGAUAUAAACAAAAAAAGCUGAAUAGGGACUCUGUCAUAACUGAUGAAAUUACGACCUCUGCUGGCUGAUUGAUGGCGCCUGCAUAGAGACGGGAAAAGAGUGCCGUCAGGGUGUGUCUCUCCGUACACAAGGCUGAUUCGCGGUGCACUCGUCAAAGUGUAGGUGACAAAAUGCAUACGGCUGCUGCCCACGUGUCGGAAGGGGCGUGGGUUAGCUUUGUUCUCUAAACAAUAUUGUAUUACAAUACUGUAUUAACACAUAGACAAGAAAAUUGAUAGGAAAAUGGUAGCCUAAUCAGACAACAUGCUUACUUUUUCUAACUUAUUGUAUUUGACAGCAUUUGAAGGGCCUACUACUGUACCUAAAAGAAACCAGACUUUACAUUUAGUACCAGUGUGACAUUACCAUCCUGGUAUUGAUGCUCUACCAAGUCAACCAAUAUUUAAUUUGUCAUUUAUUGUGUUUUAAUGGUUAAUCCUAAAAUCCUGUCUUACAUUUCAUUUCUUUAAAAACAAAUCUAAUCUCAUAUGAAUUAGCUUGUUAUUUAACUAUGUUCCAAAGGUCAAACAGCAUGAAGAAAUUUAUUUAUUGUUUGUUUACUCUCUUAACUAAGUUAAAAACUUACAUUAAUAAAGUUAAUGUAGCUGAUGUUAUGUCAUUAUUGUUGUUAUUAUUAUAUGGGGCACAGCAGGUAGGUUUGGUGCUGCACUGUAAUAGACAACAAAAAGUUGGAGAAUAAAUAGCGGUCUGAAAACA